GGGACUUAGCUGCACGGAUCUCUUGUUUGCAGCAUCCCUGGAGCAGCCUCUGUUGUAUGAAAUACAAGAAAGGGCAAGACGGGGGCGGUAUCUGCCAGGAGGCAACUGGAGACCGGGAUAGGGAUCUCUCUGAGUCUGCCGGGAUAGGGUUACUCUGGUAUGUGGAGGUUAUCUUCAGAGAAAAUGGCUGUUUCUUCAAUGUAAACAGCCUGAGCUUUACCUGCACUGCUAAAGGGGGGAACAGAAGAGGAGGAGGAGGAAAAAGAGCAGGAGGAGGAGGAGCAGCCACUGGAGGAAAUGCUGCCUCUUCCAAUGAUAUUUUCCCUUAUCUAGCUAACCCCGGCCUGCCUGCUGCAGCUCACCUCAGAAGCCAUGCAUGUUGUAUGUUGAGUUUUAUACACCUGAUGAUCUUAUGGCUAAAAUACCACCAAAGCCACAGCAGACCUCAAACCAGAGGGAAGACAGCUGCGUCCAUCAUGAGACGCACUAGAGGCUGAGAAACGACAACCGAAUCCACACACGCAGACUGGAAACACAUCCCUCAGUUGAAACAGUUACACCUGACCAUGGCUGUAACUGCAGCAAAGACAACCUCAAGUUUUCUCUCCACAACUUCCACGACCACCGCAGUCCCCUCCCUCCUCUCGACGACUGCGAGCGCCAGAGACAACAUCACCACCAGAACAACAUUAAUGACUGUUACUAUAACAACGAAUGAGACCAGCUUCAAUGCCACCUCAUUUCCAGAGGCGGUUAUUGAGAGCUCGGGAAUGGGAAUGGUGCUCGUGCCAUUCGGCAUCAUCACUGUUAUUGGCUUAGCAGUGGCAAUCAUGCUGUAUAUUCGGAAACGGAAGCGGUUGGAGAAGCUGAGGCACCAGCUCAUGCCCAUGUACAACUUUGACCCGGCUGAAGAACAAGAUGACCUGCUGGAACAGGAACUACUCGACCACGGCCGGGAAGGCAGCCUCACAGGUCCCAAUGCAAAGACGCUCACAACCUCCCAGGGGACCACACAGAGGCCCAGUCGUCUGGUCUUCACAGAUGUAGCCAAAGCUCUCAACGCUUAACAGCUCUCUUUUAUUAGUGGAUUUCAGCUCACGGGGCCCACUGGCCUCUUGGACAUAUACAGACUGUCGCUCAGGAAGGAAAACAAAGGGAAAACCUGCUCUCUGGGAGCAACUGGGACUGUUGUAAAUUCUUAAUUUUUACAACAUAGAACGCAAAAUGGCAGUGGUUUUCAAUAAUAAAAAACUUUUGCAUGUAUGAUAAGGGAGCAUAAUGGGAAGCAUUACAUAUGAUCUUGCACUGUUAUCAUGUGGCACACAAAUGCAGUGUGAUGCACUUUUAUGAAUCAUGUUGUGUUAUUAUUGCUGUUAAAAUGUUUGGUAGCUUGUCAGUGAAGUUCUUUGGAGCUUCAGUAUCUACUUCCAUGUUUGAUAAGAGAGGAGUGUACAUUUGUGUUAUACUGAUUGUGUGUUUUACGUCUCUGACAAGCUUAAACACUGGAUGUGUUACCAUCCUUAACUAAACUGUUCCUCUCUUUUUUGUUUCUUCUUUUUCAGUAAUGAAGGAUUGUUUCUGUCUGUACACAUUAAAAGUAUUUAAACCAAUUUAAAAA